CUGUAUAAACACAAACUCACUUCCUUGACAACAUCUCUGCGCUGCUCCGCGAAGCGCAAGAACCAUGAAUGCCAUGACUUCUGUAGAGGCUAUCACCGUACCGUAAACGCUGCACGACCAAUGCAGACUAUAGGUUGACCAUACAGCGCCUUUAAUAGUCGUGGACGGGGAUCGAAGCUGCAUGAUUGAAUGCGAGUUGCUGAUGCUGCGUUGCACAACAAAACCGCAAACAAGAAGGGAGACCGAGGACUUGGCAUAUAGUUACGUUGUUGUUUCUGUUUGCUAUGAGAAAACAAUCUCAUUUUGUUCCUGAAAGUCGCAUUUUGAAAUUAAACCGGCAUCUCAGUCGCAUGAAAUAGCCAAAUGCGGCUCGCAUCCUAUCACACUCUCCCUUUCAGCUCCAGCUCAGCAUCCAUAUUUUUUGUGCAUCCCUGUGUUGGUGUAUAGGGAGUGGCAACCUUCUGAUAAAUCAACCGAUCAGCGCACCCCUCUCCUCUAGGAAAAACAAAUACGUCUAUGCGUAAAUUGUACAUUUAAAGCUAAAAUGGAGAGAGAUUGCCACCAUUCCGAUUCCUAGUGCCUCAAACCGAAAGCCUUGAUAGGGACUUUCUCAUCCCUGCACAUCUCCCCUGUACAUGAUGAACAUGCUGAAGUCCAGUGGACUGAAGAUCCCUGGCAGGGGCCCAAAGCACUCCCCUGGCCCCGUGGGACGAACCUCUGCUGGGGGAUCUGCUUCCGGCACUGUGGGCCAUAAAGACAACUCCCCACACAAGCAGACCUCCCCACUCCCCAGCAGCAAUGCCUCGGAGAAGUCGUGCUCCAAAACAUCCGAGGUGGGGGACGAUGUCCUGGGGGACUACGUAGUUGGCGAAUGUGUCUGGGUCAACGGGGUCAAACCGGGCGUCAUCGCCUACCUGGGCGAGACCCAGUUCGCCCCGGGACAGUGGGCUGGGGUGGUCCUCAACGACCUGUUGGGCAAAAAUGACGGCUCUGUGGGCGGCGUGCGCUACUUUGAGUGCCAGCCACACCAGGGCAUCUUCACGCGCCCCUCCAAGCUCACCAGGCAACCGGUGGGCGAAGGGAGCGAAGGCCACUCUGCUGAUUCCCUGACGGCUCAGAACCUGACGCUUCAUGGCGUCAACGGGGCUUCGCCCGCUGGUCAGCGCGUGGUUAUGCCACUCAGGGAAGGCAUGCUCAACAGUUCGGUGAAGACGGGUAACGAGUCAGGUUCCAACAUGUCCGACAGCGGCUCGGUCAAGAAAGGCGGGGAUAAGGACCUUCGAGUGGGAGACCGCGUGCUGGUGGGGGGCACUAAGACAGGAGUGGUGCGCUACGUGGGGGAGACUGACUUUGCCAAGGGUGAGUGGUGCGGCGUGGAGUUGGACGAGCCCCUGGGGAAGAAUGACGGUGCAGUGGCUGGAACCAGGUACUUCCAGUGUCCGCCCAGGUUUGGACUGUUUGCACCCAUCCACAAGGUGAUCCGUAUCGGUUUCCCCUCCACCAGCCCGGCCAAGGCCAAGAAGAGCAAGCGCAUGGCCAUGGGGGUGUCAUCCUUGGCCCACAGCCCCAGCAGCUCGUCCAUCAGCUCUGUUAGCUCUGUGGCUUCCUCAGUGGGCGGGCGGCCCAGUCGAACUGGCCUGCUCACAGAGACGUCGUCACGCUAUGCCCGCAAAAUUUCAGGCACUACUGCGCUGCAGGAGGCCCUGAAAGAGAAACAGCAGCACAUCGAGCAGCUGCUGGCCGAGAGGGACCUGGAACGGGCUGAGGUGGCAAAAGCCACCAGCCACAUCUGUGAGGUGGAGAAGGAGCUCAGUGUCCUCAAGGCCCAGCACCUGCAGUAUGUCACAGAGACUGAAAGCAACCUCCAGCAAGUCAAAACUCUGUUGGCAAGCACUCAGAAGGACAAAGUAGAGCUGGCCAAUCAGCUUGAAGAAGAGAAAAGGAAAGUGGAAGACCUUCAGUUCAGAGUGGAGGAAGAGUCAAUCACCAAAGGAGACCUUGAGACUCAGACGAAAUUGGAGCAUGCCCGUUUUCGGCAGCUUGAGCAGAAUCUGUUCCUCGAAAAGUCGAGAGCAGAAAAGCUUCAGAAAGAAUUAGAGCAAAGCACAGUUGAGGAGCAGAGCCGCGUCAUGCAGCUGGAGGAUGAACUGGCUCUGCGUCGGGCCGAGAUCGGGGAGCUCCAGGUCCGGCUCCGUGAUGCGGCCAAGGACGGGGACUCCACCCAGGGGCCGGUGGCCCAGUCGGAAACCAUUCUGCUCCGGGAGCAGCUCCUGACGGCAGGCCGGGAGCACCACAAGGAGAGCAGCCAGCUGAGGGAGAAGUACGAGGCUGCAGUGGCAACGGGCCAGGAGGAGACAGACAAACUGAAAGCCACGGUGGACAAACAGAGCCAGGAGAUCAUUGAGCUGAAGCAGAAAGUCCAGCAGGCCUCUACAGAGAACAUGGAGAUGAUGGACAACUGGAAGGUCAAGCUGGACACCCUGGUCAACGACCACCAGCGUUCCCUUGAGGACCUGAAGGCCUCGCUGUCCAGCGGCUCGGCCAAAGGCCAGGAGCAGGAGCCCCAGGAGCUGAGGACCACACUGGAGAGCCUGCGCAUGGAGCACCAGCUGGAGCUGGAGAAUCUCAAGGCCAGGCAUGAGAUCGAGGCAGCCAUGCUGGCCAAGGAGCGUGACGAUCUGCGCUCACGCCUGCAGGAUGCCAAGGACCAGCUGGUCGAGAACAGCCAGAACUGGAAUAGCCAGGCCCAGAUGAAGGCCAGGAGUGACCAGCAGGCCCUGGAGCUGAGGGAGGUCUGGGAGAAGUUCCAGAAGGCCCAGCUGAGGGUGGGCGAGCUGGAGAGGCUGCAGGGCGAGCAGGACGGCGCCCGAGACAAGCUCCAGGAGCGCUUGGAGCUGGCUGAGAAGAAGAUGGUGGACUACAAGGCCCUGCAGAAGGCUGAGGCCCAGAGUAGACAGGAGCUCUACAGCCUGGAGGAGAAGCUGAGGGUGACUGAGAACCGGCUGCAGGCGGUGCAGGAUGACCACCACAUGCCACAGGAUGCCAAUGUUAUAGAAAAUAAUGACAUCUUGGAGGAAAAGAUGAAGCUAAAACAGAAUGUUGAAGAAACCAUGGAGAAUCUGACCAAAAGAGAAAGAGAGGUCUCUACUCUCACAUCACAUGUCGAUGCCCUCAAAUCACAGAUAACUGCCUUGGAGGGCAAAGUUCGCUUGGGUGAGAAGAAGGGCGAUGCCCUGGUCAAGGAGAAGAUGCGCCUGGAGGCCGACCUCGAGUGCAUGACCAAGAAGUCCCAUGAUGCAUCGGGACAGCUGCUUGUCAUUAGCCAGGAGCUACUGAAGAAGGAGAGGAGUCUGAACGAGUUAAGGGUGUUACUGCUGGAUUCCCCUCGCCACUCGCCCGGCCUGGACCGGGACCUGAGCCGAGAGGUGCACAAGGCUGAGUGGAGGGUGAAGGAGCAGAAACUCCAGGAUGACAUCAAGACCCUGAGAGACAAACUGCUCCUGCUGGGCAGGGAGAGGGGCUCGUCCCCAGAUCACAGGCGCUACUCUAUGCUGGACCCGUCGACCCUGGACUCGGAGGUGACACUUCUGCGCCAGCGGCUCAUGAGCACAGAGGAGGCUCUGAGGGGAGCCCUGGAGCACAACCAGGAAGUGGACCAGCUGGUGCAGGCCAUGCGCACGCACCCAGACAAGAGCGAGGUGCAUGGUGGUGCAAAUUCAGCCAAUGGAAUUCAUCAACAGAAUUCGUCCUUUACUCAAGAUGAACAACACUGAUAUAGGAGAAGAAGAGCUCAUCUUGAAUUGGGGAAAUACAGAGGUACAUUUUAAAAGAAGAAGUCAGUACGACUUGGGACUAGCACGCCACUGGACUCCAGACAACAUUUCCUGUUUACAGUUACUACCAAAACAAUGUCUCUCUAUCUCAAUAUGUACAUUCAUCUGUUGCAAAAAAGAAAAACACCCAUUAGCCAAACUUAAGACAGCUUGAAGAUACUGUAAAAUGGUUGACAGAGGUGAAGAAUUAUAGGUAUGACUUUUGAAAACUGAUACAUACCCUGCCUACAUACCCAAGGAUGGUAUUGGACAUUUGGGCAUGAGAUAACCUUUUAUCUUAGUUUAUUAGAGAUCGUGACCCUAUGAGCCUUGAAGGAUGAAUUGUGACUCCAGAGAAUGAAAUGACUCUGGUGUCUGAUUGAAAACAAAGAUUAAGAAUUUGGCCUCAAUCCAUCACUUUUUGUUUUAUUUAUUUGCCACACUCCUUUUUUUUAAUCCUUCUUAGAUUACUGUAGCUGAUUUGACCAGUGACGUUCAAUUUGCUUCAUAGCGAACAUGUGAAUGAAACGGGGACGCUGCUGGAUUUAAGCUGAUGUUGUAUCUACAUAUGAAUAUAGCUGCAUUAUCUGAAACCUGUGCAUACUGUAAUUGUGUAUUUAGUCAACUGAACCAAUGCAACUUGGUGCCGUAUGUGCACCAAAUAGCUAUCAGUUUAAUGGUUUACUCAUUUGAACUUAAGUAAUCCUUAAUUCCACUGUGGCUUUACUGGAUAGUGGGAAACCAUACCACUUUGUAGUGUUUUCAUACACGUGAGGGGAAAAAAAUGAAAAAAGAAAGUCUUCACUUCCUAUUGUUGAUCAUUUAUCUAAAGAAAGUUCAACCUAGAUUAAUGCCUUGGGAUCACUUUGUCCUUUGAUUCGAGUAGGCCACUCAACGGCUGUUUGGAGCACAACGCAAACAAUGGAACAUUCAAAGCUUGUGUCCGAAAUGGCACUCUAUGACCAAUAUAGUACACUACUUUUGACCAGAAAAGUAGUGAACUAUAUCGGGAAUAGACUGCCAUUAGGGAUGGAGGCCUACUGUAACUGCUUCCUCCAUUCUGGAAGAUCCCUCCCUUCUGGAUGUAAACAACUAAUCACAAUGUACAGAAUUGAUACGUUACGGUCUUCCAAAUGUUAUUAUCUCCAUUGAACAAGCCAACAGGGAGAUUCUAAAUGCAGUCCAUUACUGUAUUCUUGGGAGAUUAGUUGAUAUUCUGGUUGCGUCUCGAAUGGCACCCUAAUUUCCUACGUACAGUGAGCUCCAAAAGUAUUGGGACAGUGACAAAUGUUUUGUUGUUUUGGCUCUAUACUCCAGCACUUUGGAUUUGAAAUGAUACAAUAACUAUGAGAUUAAAGUGAAGACUGUCAGCUUUAAUUUGACGGUAUUUUCUUUCCUUAUCGGGUGAACCAUUUAGAAAUUACAGCACCUUUUGUACAUAGUCCCCCCAUUUUAAGGGACCUUAGGUAUUGGGACAAAUUCACUUAUGUGCAUUAAAGU